GCUGAAUAUAAUGCGUGCAGCUAAAAGAUUACACACAGAAAAGCUGCUGCUGCUAUUUUUGCUUUGUCGUUCGAUUGUCGUCAUUUUUUCCUAUAAGUUGCCCGCAGCCUUAGUGGAGCCAUUGGCUAACGGUUUUCGUGUGUCCAUACCAGAUGAUCGUGGCAUAAAAAGUGUGGCUUUCAAUGUGAAUCGUAAUCGCAAUUUUACGGACUUUGAGGAGGGUGAGUUUAGUGCCCAAGUACGCGAGCCAGAGGAUGGACGCUGGCAGCAUGAUUUUGAGCGAACAGCAUUGAGGGCACAUGACACGCUUUAUAUAUGGACCAAUGUGCAGCAUGGCAAUGUAAUCUAUCGCGAUAAGAGUCUGCCGCAGCCGGUUUGUCAAUUAUCGGGCAAAAAUUUGCCUGCGGAAUGCUCGAUGAGCCCUUAUCAGCAUCAGAAUCGAGAGACUACAACAGUCAAAAAUGAUGCAGUAUAUAACGGGUCAACGUCAAAGUCCUUGUCCUGCGCAGAGGAAAGCGAAACGAUGAUGUCACCUCCCCCAAGCCAGCCGCUUUGCAAGGGUCAACUAAUAUUCGAGGAAGAAUUUGAGAAUCUGAACGAGAGCCGUUGGCUUCACGAUGUUCGGGCACCACUUGACAGUACUGAUGCUGAGUUUGUGCUCUACGAUGGAAAGGCACGCGUGCAGGGUGGUCAACUGAUCAUCGAGCCUAAGCUGUGGUCUAGCUAUCGACCCGACUUGCACAUAAUCAAUGCCCAUCUAGAUUUGUCCGACCGCUGCACAGGCACACACAACAGGCAAAAGGAGUGCGUGCUCCUAACAAGUGGACCACUUAUUAUGCCUCCAGUGGUGGUGCCGCGGCUGAGUACAAAGGAAUCCUUUGGCUUUAAGUAUGGUCGCGUCGACAUACGCGCUAGACUGCCCAAGGGCGAUUGGCUCAUACCGCUAUUGCUGCUCGAACCCCUCAUGGAGUCAUAUGGCCAAACUGGCUAUGAAUCUGGUCAGCUGCGGGUGGCCAUGGCCCGCGGUAAUGAUCAGCUACGUCUACCGCACGGUAAGCUAAUCGAUGGACGCACUCUUUUCGCUGGAGCAGUGCUGUCGACGGAGGCGUCUCAGCGUGAGGAUUUCAUGGUGCAACAACGGCGAAGCGUUCAUUUCGGCGACGACUUUCAUGUGUAUAGCCUGAUAUGGAGCAGUCAAAGCUUGCGGUUUUCAAUCGAUGGUCAAGAAUACGGUGAACUGUUGACUGGCUUUGCGGAAUCCGACUUAAACCCCAGCUGGCGUCGGGGAGGACCCAUGGCGCCCUUUGAUCGCAUGUUUUACAUCACGCUGGGCCUCUCAGUUGGCGGCUUCGGAGACUUCGUUGACAAAUUGCGCACUUCGAGCUUUGAGAAGCCUUGGAUUAACAAACACCCACAGGCGAAGCUUCAAUUUUGGCGGAGCCAGGAGCAAUGGUUGCCAACCUGGAAGCAGCCAAAAUUGCUCGUCGAUUAUGUUCGUGUCUAUGCAAUUUAAGAUCAUAUAAGAACUG